AAGCUCCGAGCAGGCAGAGCUUCUUUACCUCUCCAAACUCUCACCAGAGGAGUCAGACGCACCAGAGGAGGAGCGCGUUACGGGUGCUGCAUGCAGCCAGAGGAGAAACACAGAGCCGGUGGACUUUUACCCAAAAAAACAGAAACUCCAACACGUUUUUACGCGCAGCCUCUUUUUCCCCACUCUUUUUAACAUUUGUUUUCUAGUGUUAAUGUCUUCAUGAAGUGAGUGUUUUUUGAAUCGUCUGUUCUGAGCUGCAAAACCAACAACAGAAAAAAAAACAAUGAGGUCUGCUUCUCAGUCCUUCUGGAGGAUGGUCCGACUGGCCGCCACAGUCGCGCUCAUGUCCGGGUGCCGCGCGUCAGAGUACGAGUACCUGAGCUGGAAGUCGGACGUGUACACCGCCGGCCGCAGCUACGGCAAGCCUCCGCAGUGCGUGGACAUCCCGGAGGACCUGCGUCUCUGUCACAACGUGGGCUACAGCCAGAUGCUGCUGCCCAACCUGCUGGAGCACGAGACCAUUGCGGAGGCGAAGCAGCAGGCCAGCAGCUGGGUGCCCCUCGUGCACAAGAACUGCCACCCGAACACGCAGGUCUUCCUGUGCGCGCUGUUCGCGCCCGUGUGCAUGGAGAGGCCCAUCUACCCGUGCCGCUGGCUGUGCGAGGCCGUGCGCGACGGCUGCACGCCCAUCAUGGAGUCGUUCGGCUUCCCGUGGCCGGAGAUGCUCACCUGCGACAAGUUCCCACAAGACGACGUGUGCAUUGCUAUGACGAACUCCAGCGCGACCGAGGCCACCAGGCCGACAGGUUACUCUCCCAUCUGCCCUCCAUGUGACAACGAAAUGAAAACAGACGCCAUGAUCGAGCACAUGUGUGCCAGCGAGUUCGCUUUCAAGGCCAAGAUCAAGGAGGUGAAGCGAGAAAACAUGGACCGCAAGGUGAUCCUGCAGAAGAGGAAGAAGAUGUUGAAAGAGGGGAACCUGAAGAAGAAGGACAUGAAGUCGCUGGUGUUGUACCUGAAGAACGGCGCGGACUGCCCCUGCCAGCAGCUGGACAACCUGGGAAACCAUUAUCUAAUCAUGGGCCGCAAGGUGGAUAAGCAGUACCUCCUCACGGGCAUCCACAAGUGGGACAAGUCCAGCAAGGAGUUCAAAAAGGCCGUCAAGAAACUCAGGACCUACAAGUGUCCCGCCUUCGAGACGGUCUUCAAAUAA